UACAGACAGAGUACACAGAGGAAGGAAAAGGAACUUCGACUAUCAAGCUAUAGACUUCUUCCGGUCUAGUCAUGCUCCCAGGCUGAAGACUUCCAGAUAAAAGAACGCAAACCGGGCCAAGAUGUCGAGCCAGCACGAUGAAUCACCCCCUGACGACUUGAUCAGAGCCAGCCCGGACCUCGAGGCUCAGACGCUCCCGACAGAAAUUGAAGGACUCAAGCCGCUCGCCGGAAGCCUCUCGACUCAAUCGGUCGGGGAAACAAUCGAGGAUGAGGCCUUUGUUCUCAACUUCACCUGGGCUGGCAAGCCCUUUCAGCUUGAAUUGCGAGGAACUGACCGGGUGUACGAUCUCAAGUCCGCCGUCCAAAGCGAGACGGCGGUGCCGCCCGAACGACAGAAGUAUAUCGGCCUUGUAAAGGGAAAGCUUCCAGGGGAUGAGUGCCUAGUAUCUCAACUCGGCGUUCCUCCAAAGUCCAAGUUCGUCCUCGUCGGAACACCGGAAGACAAGACCUUCAAGGAUCCUCACGAAUUGAACCUGUCUCAAUUCCCCGAUACGUCUGACAACUUCGACGUCGCAUAUGGUAGUGGGGAAACGGCAGUCGCUCCGGCGGACGAUCCGCGGAACAUCCGACUGAUCACUCAGAAGAUCAGCGAAUGCCCAAUCAAUCUCAUCAAUCCUCCCCGACCUGGCAAGAAAUUGCUCGUCCUCGAUUUGGACUACACUCUAGUCGAUUCGAAGCCCUUGUUGGCGGGCAGCCUACCUCCGCUCGAAUGCGUGAGACCGACAUUGCACGAGUUCUUGGAAAAGGCGUACGAGGACUACGAUAUAGUGAUCUGGUCACAAACCAAUUACUGGUGGUUGGAAAGCAAGCUUUACGAGUGCGGAAUCAUUGGUGACGAGUCGAAAAGGCACAAGUUGCUAUGCGUUUGUGACCGCAAGAGCAUGUUCCCCAUUUUUGGGCAGAAGAACGGACAAAAAUACAAGCACGAGGUCAAACCGCUUUCGUUCCUCUGGCAACAACCGGAGUUCCAAGGACAGUGGACCGCGAAGAAUACGAUACACAUUGAUGAUUUGAGCCGAAAUUUUGCGCUCAACCCCCACGAAGGGCUCAAAAUUCGUGCUUACCACGGCGCAACUAAUGCCACUCCUGACGACCAACUAAUCAAGCUUUCCCGUUAUCUGAAAAACAUUGCUCAAAGUGACGAUUUCACCCAAUACGACCACGGCCAAUGGAAGAAAAACUUGCCGCCUCGCUAAACGUUCGCGCAACCGCCUGACCGACCUGAAUGUAUCACCGCAGACGCAUCUUAUACGAUAGAAAGUCCGACCUGUCUUAAGAAAAAGGGUGAAAUGACGAUGCGUCUCCC